GUUGGUAUAGCGCAAAUUCUCAUUUCCUACAUGGUUGCAUUCUACUACAACACGGUCACCGCCUGGAGUUUGUACUUUUUCCUGGCCUCAAUUACCGACAAACUACCGUGGACACACUGUGACACGAGACGCGGGAACACGAACGAGUGCGUGAACUAUACCACCCUGGUCGCCCAGGUGUCCACACUGACCGGUGAGGACAAUGCGACCACUUUUGUGCUGCACAAUCACACAUUGGCUUCGACGGAAUACUUUGAACGCGUGGUACUGAGCAUGCAACACAGUACCGGACUAAAUGACCUGGGUCCGAUGCGCUGGCCAAUUGUGGGCUGUACAGUGAUGACAUUCAUCAUAUUGUAUGCCUCAAUGCGUCGUGGUGUGAAAUCAUCGGGAAAGGUUGUUUAUGUGACUGCUCUGUGUCCAUACGUUCUUCUAUCCGUAUUGUUAUUCAACGGGAUCACACUUCAAGGCUCAAAACAAGGAAUUUGGUAUUUCAUUCGCCCGCGUUUUGAGAAGCUAACUGAAAUGAAAGUUUGGGCCAAUGCGGCCAUUCAAAUAUUUUUCUCCACUGGUGCUGGGUUCGGAGCCCACAUUGCAUACGCCACGUACAAUCCAACUCAGUACAAUUGUUACCGGGAUUGCAUUGUGACUUCGAUUGUGAACGCGCUGACAAGUAUAUUUGCCGGGAUCACUGUGUUCGCCUAUUUGGGCUAUCUGGCUCAUUUGAUGCACACACCGGUGGAAUCGGUCACUGGAGAAGGUCCGGGACUCGUGUUCCAAGUCUAUCCGUUCGCUAUUGGCACGUUACCAUGGGCCCCGUUUUGGGCGGUCACAUUUUUCCUCUUACUGAUCAUGCUCGGAUUGGACAGUGGAAUGGGUGGCCUGGAAUCUGUGAUCACAGCUGUAACGGAUAUGAUACCCUUGACUUUGCUCAAAUACAAGGCAUUUCGACCGCUCCUCACUCUGGUAAUUCUCGGCUCAGCUUGUACCGUGGCCAUGGUGAAUGCAACUAGUGGUGGCAUGUAUGUCUUCAAUCUCAUGGAUCGAUACAUGGCCGGAGCCUCGUUGCUGAUUGGCAGCUUAUUUCAGGUUAUCGCUAUCGCUUGGUUCUAUGGACUUGAUCAGCUGUGUGAAGAUAUCCGGUUAAUGAAUCUACCCAAUCCUUCGCUGUAUUGGCGUUUGUGUUGGAAAUUUAUCACACCAGUAAUGUUGACGGUCAUGAUUGUAAGUUCCAUUCUGGAUCCAACUCCGCUUCGUUACAACUACGGAACACGCCACCCCGAACUGAUGCACAACACGUCAGAAAUUAUCGAGAUUGGUAUUCAGGGAACCAGUCAAUUUUAUGACUAUCCGCCGUGGGCCGAAACACUCGGUUGGUUUAUGAGUGCUGUCUCAGUUCUAAUGAUACCAGUUGUGGCAAUUGUGGUCAUCGUCCGGCAUGGUUGCCACAUACAGGUGAGAGCUUAA